UUGGUCAAUUACACAUCUCGCUUUCUUUCUCUCUAUCUCAACCCUCUUUUGGUCUCCUUCUUGCUUUUCUCUAGGAAGUACAUAGAAUUUAAACGAGGCAGAGAGAGAGAGAGAGAGAGAUUCAGACAUGGGCUAGUCUGCUGCUUUUGAUAAAUCAUCUUCCUCGUAGGCUUUAUCUAUCUCUGCUUUUUACGGUUAGAGUUUUUUGAGGUGAGACUAUGCGUGAGUAAGAGUUACAUCCAUUUCGAAUUAUUACUCUGGAUUCCCCACCGUCUAACCCUUGCCGCCGCCGCCUCGACGAACAAGACUCCGACCUUCCUCAAUAUGCUCAACCAAUGGCAGACGACCACGACGAAGCUCACCACUUCCUCCACCCUCAACCCCCGCCGCCUUCUUCAAUGAGGCACGGCGCUGCGUCAGACGAGAUAGUGGAGGUUCAAGGAGGUCACAUUGUGCGGUCGACGGGGAAAAAAGACCGGCACAGCAAAGUCUGCACGGCCAAAGGGCCACGUGACCGGCGCGUGAGGCUAUCGGCUCACACGGCGAUUCAGUUCUACGACGUUCAAGACCGCCUUGGCUUCGACCGUCCGAGCAAAGCCGUUGACUGGCUUAUCAGAAAGGCUCAGACUUCCAUCGACGAGCUCGCUCAGCUUCCUCCGUGGAGUCCCGCCGAUGCUAUUCGCAAAGCCGCCGCAAACGCUAAACCGAGAAGAACCGCCGCCAAAACCAAAAUCUCGCCGUCGCCGCCGCCGCCGCAACGGGAACAGCUUCAGUUUGGGGGUGCACGGUCCGGUGGAUUCAACGGAGUGGCGGAGCUUCCGAGUUUUCUUCCUCCGUCGAUGGAUUCAGAGUCGUUUUUCCCGGUGGUUGGCUCCUCGACGAAAGCUCCUCCGAGUCAAGAUCUCCGUCUCUCGCUGCACUCGUUCCCGGAUGGUCCACCGUCGCUUCACCACUCAGCUCCCGAGCCUGUUCUGUUCUACGGACAGAGCAAUCCGUUUGGGUACGAUACAUCGACGGGUGGCUGGGAGCAACAGUCGAUUCAGAGACUGGUAGCUUGUAACGGCGGCGGAGCAACCGAUACAGGAAACGGAGGAGGAGGGUUUCUGUUUGCUCCACCUCCUAAUGCUUCAGCGACGUCGUUUCAGCCGGUACUUGGCCAAAGUCAGCUUUGUUCUCAGAGGGGUCCCCUUCAGUCCAGUUACACGCCCAUGAUCCGUGCUUGGUUUGAUCCUCAUCACCAUCAAUCCAUCUCCACCGAGGAUCUCAGCCAUCAUAUUCCUCCGCCGGUAUUUGCCUCAGGUGAAUUCUCUUCCGGUUUUCGCGUACCAGCACGGUUUCAGGGUCAAGAGGAGGAGCAGCACGACGGUCUAACCAGCAAACCGUCAUCUGCUUCCUCCAUUUCUCGCGAUUGAUAACAAUCGAAACAAUGUCCUCCAGUUCCAGGAAAUGCGUUCUCUCGGUUUGUAUACAAUGGCUGAAAGAAAAAGGCAAAGAAGGGAUGCGAGAGUAGAGGAAGAACAAACAAAUGUAGCUCGCCAUUUCAGCUUCAUCUUCUUCCAAUAUCCUCACCUUGCCAAUUGUAAUUUUUCAAAUUUUUCACCAGUUAAGACAACUCUCUGUAGCUCAAUUAUGGUUAGAUCCCAAGGUUUAUUCUUCUUGUGUUGUGUCUGAAAAACCUUUUUGUCGUGUGUUGUAUCAUCAUCAUCCUUUUGAUACUGCAAUAGCCAGAUACUUGAGAAAUUGCAGUUCCUUGUUCUUGUUGUGUGCAACUCCAUUGAUGCUCUAAUAAUCUUUCUCUAUAUUUUGAUGUGGA